AAAAACAAAAUAUGAUUUUACCUCAGGGUUAUAGAAGUGUUGGUGUCAACAUAACCCCUGUUUUUGAAACCACCGUAGCGUCUGUAGUUCGUUCUUCAGAACACACUACUGGUUAUAUGUAUGACGUCACAACUGCCGGCAUACCUGAAAUGAAUUCACUGGAAAUACUUUUGAGUGAUAAAUGGUUUCUUUUUGCUUUGCUUGUUGCUGGAGUCUGGUUCAUUUUUAGAGUAUUAGAAUUUUUUACUGUUUGGUUUGGCUGUAGUUGUUGUAAAAUACGUAAGGCCAAGAAGAGGGAAAGUGAUACUGAUUAUUCCACCUUUGUGAACCCUAUUCCAUCUGUUUCGAGAGAGGAACCUUACGCAGAUGGUUUUGAAAACAUCGAAUUGUCGACUUUCUCAGACUAGAAAAUGCCUGCGAUUUCAUCAUUAGAUACAAUCAGUUUUUGGCAGUUCGGUCAAUAUUUUUAUUCCACUUAUAUUGGAGGAAAUGCGACUCAUCUAAGUUUUAAGGAUGGAGUAAUUGAGGGAAAAUUUCCGAAUGAGUGCAGUGGAACCACAUUAAGUAGAGAUGUUUUUGUUGGGGAUACAAAUGUAGGAGUUAACGCAUGGACUGAAGUUGACCUUGUGAGUCUGGAAAUCUCUCUGUUCUUUGGUGGUGUUAGUGUUGGGUUUAUGUUGGCUGUUCUGAUGUUCUGCUGUUGUUCUGUUAUGUCUCGGAAUGGUAAAGUUAUGAGUUUGGACGAUGUAGUUGAGUUUAUAACGAAGAUAUGUGGCCAAAAAGGAUGUAUGGAUAAGAUCAAGAAUUUCUGUGCCUUUAUUCUGUGUUGUUUAACGUUUAAUGGAUGUAAGGGUUCUGAUGUAGAGUUGCGAUUGGAGGAAAGAAACCGCAAAACUGAGGCUGACCAGGUUGUGGUGUAUCCUGUGGUCGUCCGUCGCAAGAGAGAGCCGGCUGUGGUGGCUGGAUCUUGUGGAGAUGGAUCUUCUAAUAAUCCAUUUUUAAACCCAUUUAUUUAUGGGUUAGAGAGUAACCAGGUGGAGAGUCUAUCAUAUUUUAAUCCUCCUGCUAUAGGCUAUUGUGGUGUAAGGAACGAACAUGUUGAGUUGCCGGCUGCUGUAGGCUCCGCAGAAGGAAAUAUUUCGCACAUUGAGCGAAAUUCUCAGCAGAUAUUACGUCCUGGUGAGAUGCCUUCUGUUGCAGAGUCUUUAGAAGAAAGUAUUCCUUAUGUUGAGCGAAACCCUGAGCAGAUUUUAUCUCCUGGAUAUGUAGGUGGAAACAUUGAACCUGUUGAACCAAGACAGAAUUUGUCUUCCUUAAAUAUAUCUUCCAACCCUUUUUUGAGAGGUCCUAUGGAUUUCAAUUUUUGUGGGUCUACGCCAGCGAUACCGGAGAACCCUGAGCCGAUGGCCAAUGAGUCUAUUCAGGAAACGGAGUCUACGGUGAUUGAUCGGAGUAAUGAGUUUAUCCAUGUUGAUACUCCGAGAAGAUUUCUUCAAGGCAGAACACUUUAUCGAACUCCUCCCAGGCGUCAUUCACUCAGGGAUAAGAGGGAACCUGAUAGGUUAUCUUAUAAGGGAGGAAUAAACGCCAUAAUUAAAGCUAAUACAUUUUUUUGUUUAUGUUUAAUGAAUGACGGAUGGAAUGAAUGGUUGAUUUUUAAUGGUUUUGAAUGGAUGUAUAUAAUAAUGAAUGAAUGGAUUUGGGUGACUUUGAAUUAUAUUAGAUAUAAACUUACUCGGCGUUUAUUUUUUGAAGUAAUGAAUAAUACAACUUAUGUGAUUGGCCAUAUUUUUUAUUUAUUUUUUUUAAAGGGUCAAUAUCUGUUAAUAUUGUUUUUCAGACGUAUUAAUUAAAAUUUUCGGUCAACUGACUGAAAUAUACUAGUAUGUUUUUGUGUUUGGAAUAUCAUAAGAAGACGUACAUGAAAACAACUGGUCUGAAGAGCAAUUACUUGAGAUCUGUUUUGUAUGUGCUGUAUCUAGUUGAGUGGAUGAAACGGUUCUUAGAUGAUUUGGUUUACUAGAGAUGUGGAGUUUGGUCUGGUAUUUUUAAUGCUGGAGUAGCGUGAGCACACUAAUCAUACGUCAAGUUAUGCUCAAUUGUAGAUGGUAUGCGUUGGCACUAACCAACCCACGAGAUUUUGAUUUGUGCCCCUAGCAUAAGUCCUGGAGGUGCAUUUAUCGUUGAGCUCAGAAAUGAUCUAAAGGAAUAGAGAGGGUGUAAAGGAAUAUGCCCCCGCAUUAGUCCUGGAGGUGCAUAGAUUGGUUUUCUUUGUUGGGCAGGAUGGCUGGUAUCUGAUGUUAUAGUUUUAUUAUGAAAUAAAUGUUAAUUUAUUUUA